AUGGCGUCAUGUAGCGAUGGACAGAAAUCACGACAGAUUUCCUAUUCCGACGAACUUUUACAUCUUCCAAUCAAGCAUGGUAAAUCAACUGAGCCUAAAUAUAUAAUUUUUAUCAUCUACGUAGCUUAAUUGCGAAUCGUUUGGCGUUUUUUCUCGCUAAACUAGUACUUUUGACUUGGUCUAAUUUUUUUUGUUGUCGUAGAGAAUUCCAAGCUUCUGAUAACUAGGAAAAGCAAGGUGGAAAAUAGAAUUCCUGUACAGACCUGCAAACCGUCUUCAGGUAAUAUGCCGCUAUGAUAAAAUACAGUUUACCGUGGUGAAGGCUUCCUUCCUUGUAGAGAUGCAUGAUUCCAAUGUUGAUACCCGAUAUGAAACUUUAAAUUUUCAUACGCAGAUCAGAAAUAAGGUUAAAAGACGAUGAGGUGUUUAUAAAAGACGAUGAGGUGUUUAUAAAAGACAAUUUAUACUUAACAUUACUCGUGUUAAAUGCGGUGGCUUAACCCAUACACCCUAACGUCAGUGUGCAUAUUCUGCUUACUGUUCUCGAUGAAAUAUCUUACAAGUGUAAUUUGUGUGAUAAUCGAGAGCUUUUUUGUUUUGUGAACAUUUCCUUUAUUCUCGUGACCUUUAUGUGUGAUUCAGGGGUGGUGUUCGUUGUAGGGAGAAAAUAUAUUUUAGUCACUCUUAGGAUCAAUGGGCAAAUGAUUAGCUCGUUAGACCACGCUCUGAAAGGUUUGAGUAUGAAUCCAUCUAGUGAGGAGUUGUGUAAAUUUUAUUUUUUAUUCAUUUCUUCAUUCAUAUAUUACUGUAAUGGCUCUCUAAACUGGUGAAAAAUCAAUACAAGAAGGGGUAAAAUGCCAUAUAAGAACAGUUCACCAUGCAAGAUGCAAACUUGGCUUAGAAUCACUGGGUAGAUGAAAUUUAGCAAUGUGUCAGAAUCUAUGCACUUUCUUGUUACCCAGGGGAACCCAUAUCACAGAUGCAAAUGAGACUUGGAUUUGCUUGAUAAAGCUUUCAACUCUUUACACACAUUCUCCAAACUGUUCUCUAUACAUUUCUGAGAAUACUGUUAAGGAGGAUUUGUUAGAUGAUCCAAGGUUGCUCAGUGGUUGGGGAUGUCAGAUCAUCUCGUUUAUUCUCAUAACUAUGAUGUUUGUUUAGGGAUGGUAUUGUUAGAAGAAAUUAGAUGAUAAUCAAUCCAAGGCAGCAAGUCUUUAGACAGACAUCAGCUUCCUCUUACAGUGUAACCAUCUCACUUUUUAAAAUAAGGGAAUGUUUAAGAUAUCUGGGCCUAAAAAUAAGGAAACUACAUCAUAACCCUUAAUCCUUAAAACUCUUACCUUGAUGUUUAUAUUCUCCACACUGUUCUCUUUAUGUUUCCUCUACUACUGAUAAGGAGAACUUGUUUGAUGAUCAGGAGCUUCCUGAAUUGGUGAUCAUUUUCUUUAUUGUUGUGACCUUUAAAUUUGAUUGAAGAUACUUACCGUCAGACCUAGGGAUGAAAGGGUUAUCAUAACUAGGCAGAAAGGAGUCUGUUACAAUGCCAAUAACAUAGGGAUUCAUAAUUUUUUCUUUGUCCCACGCUCAUUAUAAGAUGCAAAAAAAGCAUCUUUCUCUAUUUCUUUACCAAGCUCAAAACUUACCAUCUUCCUUAUUCUAUUUACAAAACAUGACAAUAUUGACCUUGCUGAUCUUAGCAGUAUGCAGGAUGUGUGUCAUAUAUGAACUUUGUAAUGGGCUUUGCUCACCAUAGAGUCUUUGUGGCUCAGUGGUUGAGCAUCAGAGCGUGGAAUCCAAAGGUCUGAGGUUCAAUUCCUCAUGGAAUUCAGAAUUUUUUUUUCUUGUCCCACACUUGAGACAAGAUUAAAAAAUAUCUUUUGCAAUGCCAUGAACAGUAUUUUUUCUUACAGUUUUAAGCCGUGUGAAGGAUUUCUUGCCAGUAAUGAGAGAAGCAGAGUUAGCAUUGGAACAAGAACUUCAAGUGAAGUCUCCCACUGAAUUGGAUAUUGAAAGUGUUGACGAUGGUGCUCCAUUUAUUGAAAUGGUAAGCAUAACCCUCUAUACCCUAACAUCAGAAUGCAUAUUCUUUACACUGUUCUGUAUAACCUUCCUGAGGUGCUGACAAGGAGAAUUUGUUGAAAAAUCAGAAGCUGCUUUAGUGGGUGAUCAUUCCCUUGACCUUGAUUUUUGAUUCAGGGAAGAUAUUGUAAGGAGAAAUUAGAUGUUAGUCACUUUUAGGGCCAAAGGAUUGAGAAAAAAAAUGCAUCCCAAUUAUUUUCUGCAAGUAAGAUUGCAUGCUGGAGCACCCAGCCACCAGAUGCAUCGCAUGCACUAGACGCAAGGUGUUUUUGGCAUUGAUGUAUUAUUUUUUCUUAAUUGUGUUUGUCUUGUAGGACAAACAGCUUCAAACAGGGGGCUGCUUUCAGUCUAGAAAUUAAGUAUCUGUCAUUAUAUUUUGGGAGGUAGUAUUAGAGGUAGCAGUCUCUCCUUUCUCAGCGAAGUCCAUUACCUGAGUCUUAAAAAAAUCAGUGAAAAAAAUUGAUGUUGACGUGCCAUAUGGAACUCUGGGAGUAAGACACAAGUAAAGACCUCUUCUUAUGGACUUUGCUGAAAAGGAGGGAAUACUUGUAGUGUACUUCCUGGUCUGUUUGAGCCGGGGUUGGGGGACAUGUGUGAUAUGUGUUUUGUUCCUCUCUCAGCAAUGAUAAUGUUACUCCAGAUUUUAUGUCAACCUCGACCAACAUCUGAAUGUGUAUUUAAUUCUUAUUUUUAAUUGAAUCAUCUUCAUUGCAUAGAAUCUUGCAUUAGUGGAAACCCAGAGCGACAGCAAUGAAGAAUCUUCAGAAGAAAAUGAUGAGGAUAUUUGUGGAGACUCUGAUGAAAUUGCAACUCAUGAAAUAGACUGUGGCCAUGUUACAGAAGAGAAUUUUGUUAUCACAAAACCGGUGAAAGGACUUGUUAAGCCAAUUAUUGAAGAGGUGAAAACACUGACAACGGAUAGCACACUUCUACGGCAAAACACACAGAAAACUACAACGAAAAAAGCCAAAAGGAGGAGGAAAAGGAGAUGACACGAAUUUAAAGUCGAUGCACAUAAAAUCUUCAAUUUAAUAUAAUCUGGUUUGAUAUUAAUUAUUUUGCCAGUGACUAUUUCUUUGAGAUCUACUGUAUGUAGGCCAGGUUUACACUUCGAAUUUGAAAACAGCGUUUUUACCUCGAAAACGCUGCAAUAACUUUUGGCCAUAUUGGAAAAACGAAUGAAAUGUUUACCGUUUACAUUACGUCGGAUAACCUUGUAAAAGUUCGUCAUCAUUGGGCAACUUAUUCGGACGAGUGUGGACAGGAUUAUGUAGUCC